GCGUUGCGAGCCGCGCGCACGUGAGCAGAGUGUAACAAGGCGAGAGAGAGACAAGGGGCGGCCGGGAAGGGGCUCCGGGGCGGCCAGGUGGGCCGGCGCGCGUGCGCGAGACAGGGGGCCCCGGGAGGCGCGCCCGCCGCACGUGUGAACGGGCCGGGCGCUCCCGCGUGCUCGCGCCGCCGCCGCCGCCGCCUUCCCGCUCCAGGGCUCCGGGCCGCCCGCCUGCUCCGCCGCUUGGCGCGCCGGCCGGGGUCGGCCCUUGGAGCCCAUGGCCGGCGGAGGGUGGCUGGUGCCCGGCGGGGAUUUCCUGUCCCCGCAGCCGCCGCCUCCGCCUCCCCCGCCGCCGCCUCCCCCGCCGCCCGCCGCGGCUGCUGCAGCUGCUUCCCCCGCGCCGGAGCCGCCUCCCGACCUGGAGCCCUGGCGGGAGCCCCAGGAGAGCGACAAGCACUGGGCGCUGCGCAGGCAGUUCCUGCAGCGCAACCUGCCGGGCGCCGACCUGCAGCGGCUGCUCGCCCUCUCGCACGUCUGGACCAACCACGUCUUCAUGGGAUGCAGGUAUGGUGCUCAAGUUAUGGAGAAGGUCCUGCAGAUGGCCGAAGGGAUUGAUAUUGGUGAGAUGCCGUCAUUCGAGUUGGUGCCUGGCGCAAAGGCAACGAAACGGCCACGUUCCCCGCUUGACGACUCUCCUUCUCGCAGUUCUGAACCUGCCCGAAAACAGGCCCCCAGAUUCCGCGUCAGGCCUCGUUUUGAACCCAUCCACUUUGUGGCCAGCAACACAAAAGAUGGAGAGAAGGAGCAGCAUUCCAAAAACCAAGCACAGGAUGCCAGAGAGAACAUCACCACGCAGCAGAUACAAAACUAUGCAGAUCGAGUCUUCAGCAGCUUCAGUACACAGGAUGGGGACCUCCAGUUUUCCAGUUCCAUAGGCUUGGGCUAUGCAAGUAGCCAGACCGGCCAGGUAGAACCCAAGGUGGUUUCCAAAACCAAAGACACUCCCGCAAGUGCUGGUGCAAUGGUUUUGGCCUCCCCAUCUCUCAUCCAGGCCUCCUCCGAAACAUUCCCCAAGUCAGUGAUCACAGCCAAACAGUGUUUCAUUAACAAGCUUGUGCUGGCUGUCCGCAAGAACCUCGCUAAUCCCGAUGCUAGCAGCGGGCCUGAUAAAAUUAACUACACAUACCUAUUGACACGGUCGAUACAGGCUUGCAAGACAAACCCCGAAUAUAUUUAUUCUCCCUUAAAAGAGAUCUCCCCUGGGGAUCUCCCCAAGAACAAGAAACUUCUAAAAGAGGGCUUUGCUUGCGAGGUCAGGUGUCAGAAUGUGUAUCUGACCACAGGAUAUGCCGGCAGCAAAAACGGGUCCAGGGACCGAGCCACAGAACUGGCGGUGCUGCUGCUGCAAAAGCCCGUGGAAGUCAAAGUGGCACAACGGAAGUUCAAGAACACCACCCGAGAGGACUUGGUCCUCUGUGAAAGUGGGAUGUCGCCUCCUGAAUUUCCACCGGCACUCAAGCAGCUGGAUGACUUUAUUGCUGCUAUGCGGGAAUGCACCCCUGGGCAGCCAAACUCAGACCCCCAGCAAGGCCCCAGCUCCACGAAGCACUGGACUAACUUUGUCCUCACGGAAAAUGCCAGCGAUGCCAUUGGGAUCCUCAACAACUCAGCCUCCUUUAACAAGAUGACUGUCGAAUACAAAUACGUCUUGAUGCCGAACCGGCUGUGGCGCUGCAGCGUCUAUUUGCAAGAUCACUUUUUAGCGGAAGGGUACGGCACCAAGAAAACCAGCAAGCAUGCUGCGGCGGACGAGGCACUGAAGAUCCUUCAGAACACUCAGUCUAAUGCAGGAGCCACCAAAGCGGUCCAGGUUCAGAAAGUGGGUAGCGCCACACGAAAUCCGGCCAAAAAGAAGGACCUGAAAGAUCUCGUCGUCUACGAGAAUUCAAUGAAUCCGGUCUGCACUCUGAACGACACCGCUCAGUUCAACAAGAUGACCGUGGAGUAUGUCUUUGAAAGGAUGACAGGGAUGCGGUGGAAAUGCAAGGUGAUGCUAGAAAACGAGCUGAUUGCCGAAGCCAUUGGAGUAAAGAAGACCGUCAAGCAUGUGGCAGCGGAAGAAGCAGUAAAAGUUCUCAAGAAGACGCAGCCGACGGUUGUGAACAAUCUGAAAAAAGGCACAAUUGAAGACGUCAUCUCUAGGAAUGAGAUCUGUGGGCGUUCAGCCGAAGAAGCUUUGAAGCAGCAGAUCAAGGAAGACAACAUUGGGAAUCAGAUUUUAAGGAAAAUGGGCUGGACAGGGGGUGGCUUGGGCAAAAGUGGAGAAGGGAUACGGGAACCGAUUGCUGUGAAGGAGCAGUUCAAAAGGGAAGGACUUGGGCUCGAUGUGGAAAGGGGGUCCAAAAUCACCAAGAAAGAUAUUGAACAAAUCAUCCAGAAUUAUGCAUUCUCAGACAGUAAAAUCGAUCUGACUUUCUCAACCGAACUUACCAACGACGAGCGGAAGCAGAUACAUCAGAUUGCUCAAAAAUACGGCCUUAAGAGUAAAUCCCAUGGGCAGGGCCGUGAUAGAUACCUGGUCGUUAGCCGAAAGAGGCGCAAAGAAGAUUUGCUAGACCAGCUAAAGCAAGAUGGCCAAGUUGGCCAUUAUGAACUCAUUAUGCCCCAGGAUAAAUAAGGCAGGAAAGCCUUUCCUGGGGACGUCCAUGCUGAGGCUAAAUUCCCCAUUAAACAGAGGAGGGAGCUGUGCAUAUUGUUGUGAGAACAAUGAUUUUAAGAAACAUGUUUUACUUGCUCAUUUGAUUUCUGAAACUUAGGACUCUAAAUCAGACUUCUGUCCAAACAUCUUUAGUGCAGUCCGGAUAAAUUAGUGCAGUUAACUGUUGUACGACAUCUUGGAAAUGGCUGUGCUCUCAACACAUUUUACUAGUUUUGGAAUAGCAGAAACACUUCCAUCUACUGGAAACUUCAUACCCAUUCUUUUUUUUUUUUUUUAAAGGAUACCCCUUUUAAUUUUGCCUUUUAAACAACUUUUAAAACGGAUGAAAGGAGAUGGCAGUAUGAAGAAAAUUAUAUGUAAAGUUGGUAAUAAUAAAUAGAAUUUUAUUUCUGGACAUGCAAAGAAUGGCACGUUUUGUAUUUAAUAUGUUGGUUAUGUUGAGGAUUGAGGGGUAAAGAUUUCUUCACAUAGGGGUUCUCAAACUUGGAUUCUCUCCCCACCCCCAGUUGAGGAUACUGGGAGUUGUUAUCCAACAUCUGGAUACCCAAGUUUGAGAAACUUUCUUAGCAUAUUCAGAAAUGCAGCAUUGUUACAGUAAUUAGGAUGAGAUGGCUCGGUUUACCCAGUGGCACUGUCCGAGCUUCAAAACUGGCACAGGGUGCAGAAUUGGCAACAUUCAGAACCUUGAUCUUGCUCUUUAAAAACAGACCAGCCAAAGUUGAGCAUUUUUACUUGCAUUAUCCUAAAUGUGUUUACUCAGAAGCAGGUUCUGCAGCUUAACCCCAACAGCGUGGUUAAGAUGGUAGCUGUAGGCCUUUUGAUUUCAAUGUGGGAGAUUUAUGUACAUAAGAUUAUACAUGUACAGAACUCUCCUUGUUAAAACCAAUGGGCUUUAAAUGUACUCAAUUUUGGCUGGGUUGUGCUUCCCGUUUCUAGACUUCAAUGGUUGUACAGGUAGGUUUGAAAGCUUGUAGCCGUAUGUUACGAAAUCCUGGGGAGGGCUGUUGUUCCUUUGCGACUCGCAGAUAGAUAUGCUUGUUCAACUUGUAUAGUUGUACAGGGUUUGCAAUUGGUAAUACCUUGGCAUGAAAUUUAAUGUUUCUAUAUGUGCUGCAGAACAUACACUUUACCUUUACCAACAGGCAUCUGUUUUCUGAAACAGGAGACCUUAAUACACUUCUUCUGACAGGAAAAUCAACAUGAGACAAGUAUUUUUCUCCAUACUCUGUUGAGCAGUGAAGUAUUAAAAACAAAAACCUCACUACACGUUCUUAGUCAUUUUGGGACGAGUGUGGUUGUGUUUGUUUUGAGACGUAGCCUCCGAUUACUUGUUUUCAUAUGCUUCCCUUGUGUACAUGUGCUUAUGUAUCUCACAGGGAGAGCAGCAAGUAAAAGGUUCUUCUCUCUU